GACAUUUCUGGGUGCCUGCCGCUUUAAGACUCUUCUUCUGUGGCUACGGUGGAGGAAGUGUGUAGUGUGUGUUGACUAUGGUGGGAACAGAAAUAAGUUCAAGUUUAACAGUUAUAGUUUAGCCCACGUACAUGUGUUGAUUAGCCUCUUUAGUUCAUCCUGAAUAAUCCAGCUUCCAAUAUUCCAUGUGUUGAGUGAAUGAAGAAAAACUAUAAUGACAAUACUGGAUAUUGGAAUGUUCUGAUGAGUACUGCUGGAUCUUAAUACAGUUUAAAGAAGAAAUUACAUCUCGUCUUUAUUCCUGUGUCCUGACCGAUACACCAUCCUGUUUACUGGCUGAAAACAUUGACGAACUAGUCCUACUUGAUUACCUCACUAACAUUGGUCCUUCGAGCCGGAUAGCAGUAUUCAGGAUGGAGUCAGAUGAAGAGAUGUAUCCUGAUGUGAGACCUAAACGUCAAAUACGUCGACCUGCCAGACUUCAGGACUUUGAAGUGGACUAUAUGGGAUAUAGUCAACGAGAUCAGUUACAAUGGGGCCCGCCAUCCUCUGCCUUGGAUAGGAGGGCGUUCCUCACUCGGGAGGGUCUAGACCAGAUGACCCCCUUCCAGACAGCCCACCCUCACUCUAGUGGCUUCCUUGGGAAUGCUGCUCACCCUGAGAUUCCUCAGCUAGCCCCAGACCACAGCCAGAGGAGAGAUUUGGAUGGGUUUAUCCAGCCUGCGCAAACACCUUCAUCCCAUCAGAGCCCAUAUCUGGAUUCUCGUUUCUCUGAGGAAAUCAGAGCUAUUCGAGAGGAGAAUACUAAGCUGUUCCAAACACAACAGGCCUUCCAGACUGGCAUAAGGGAACUCAAUGAAGCACGGCGUGAGAUGAAAGAGCUACUGGAGAUAGCCCGCUCACUGAGAGCAGACCUGGCCCAAGUUAAUAGCCCAGCUUCAAACUACAGUAACCCCAAAUCUCCACAAGCCGCUGCUGUAGCCUCAAGGAGUUUCGCUGUUGCAGCACAUUCAAAGGAAAUGGAGGAGGAGGAAUGGCCUGAUCCUCCACCCUGGCCUGAACCUGAUGAGAACCUGUCGAGAGGCAUGUGCAAUCUUAGGGUCGGAGAACAAGGGCUAGAGAGUAGCCAACUCGACUUUGCCCCUGAAGCUAGAGUAUGUAUGCCUUGUAAGCCUCCACUGCCUCCUCAGCAUCCCGUUCCUGCUUCCGGCAAAGGGAUAUCACCAUACCUCUCUAGACAACCCUCUCAGCUGCUCACACACCCUGGACCAGCACCUUUAAUGCAAUCAGCGCCUGCCCGAGCCUACCAUCCCUUAGCAGCCACUGGAGCGGUACAUGGCAUGCCGCCUCCUAAACAGUUUAUUCAGCCACCAGGGAAUGAACAAGUGUAUCGAGGACCCCAACCCACAAUCCCAAAGUUCAUUCACCCGGAUCCCAGUGAGUUUGCACGGCUUCGCAUAGCUCUAGAGAACCUACUCCCAUCUAAUGCUACAGAACUCUUCAAGUAUCAAAUACUUGUGGAUCAUUUAAAGUUGGAGGAAGCUAGGCUUAUAGCUGAUGCCUAUCUGAACUCACCAACCCCCUAUAGUGACACUAUGUCAGCCCUUCAUGAUAAAUUCGGUCAGCCUCAUCAACUUGCCUUAAAGAAGAUAGCAAGUGUUCUAGAAACCCCCGAAGUAAGGCGUGGUGAUACUAUGGCAUUCCAGAAGUUCUCUCUCCAGAUACAAUCUUUAGUGGGCUUGUUGCAGACUUUGGGGCCUGAAGGGGAAAUCGAACUCAACUGUGGCUCACAUGUUGCUCGUCUGCUGAGUAAGCUCCCUCCGGAACAGCGAGCUGAUUUCCGUCGACAUCAGUUCAAGCAGUUAGGGGCGACCCACACUCUAUAUGAUUUGGCAGAAUGGCUCCGCUAUGAAUCAUGGUGUCAGGGUUUCGACAGUCAGGCUACCGGACGCAGCAUAAGGGAAAGGCAGAACGUGAAGACCGAUGGUCGUCCUGGAAGACAAACGGUGACCGUCCUACAUGGAGCUGGUGAGUCUGCAGAGACAGCCCCUUUGUACCACAAAGAGAGUUCAGCCAACAGAGCAGCCAAGAGUAGAGCCUACUGUGCCUACUGUGAUAGUAAUGAGCAUUAUCUCAGUCAAUGCAGUGCUGUCGCCAAACUUUCCAAAGAUCAGCUUAGAGAGUGGAUACGGGUUAACAAGCGGUGCUGGCGCUGUGCACGAACUCAUCAAGCAGCACUGUGCACAUUGAAGAAACCCUGCAACAUCUGUCAGGGAAAACACCUACUGGCUCUUCACGAGAUAAAUACAAGAGCAGAGAGGGGCAAUAAAGAUGUAGCUGUUAAAGAAGAGAGUUGCUUAACCAGCUCUGCGGCUGACUCGCUCUACCUGGACAGACCUGGAGCCGGGAAUCGAGUCAUGUUAAAGGUGGUCCCUGUGCUUGUACAUUAUGAGGACCGGACACUUGACACCUUUGCGAUCCUCGAUGAUGGGUCAGAGAGGACCAUGUUGUUGCCAGCAGCAGCUAAGUUUCUUGGCAUAAAGGGCACUCCUGAAGCGCUUCCUCUGCGUACAGUCCGUCAGGACAUCCAGAUCCUCCAUGGCCACACAGUGUCUUUCUGUGUCUCACCAGCUGCAAACCCUCACACUAGCUAUAAGAUCAAUGGUGCCUUCACAGCUGGCUGCCUCAGCCUAGCACAGCAUACUUACCCUAUUGACCGCCUGAAGAGGAAAUACAAAUACCUAGGUGGCAUUCCCUUACCUGCCUUAAGAGAUGCUCAGCCAACACUCCUUGUAGGCUCCGACAACCCUCAACUGAUAACACCUGUCGAGCCAGUCAGACUUGGUCCACCAGGUGGCCCAGCCGCAGUCCGCACCAAGCUUGGGUGGACUCUUCAAGGCCCUACCCCAUUCAUGGGGCGGCAAAUCCAACCUGCACAGUGUCUGUUUACUUCAUCUACACCACCAAUGGAUGAGCUUUACAACCAUGUUGAGAGGCUCUGGCAAGUAGACACUGUACCUUACCGACACGAAAGAGAGGUGACUCGGUCAAAGCAGGAUCAGCAGGCUGUAGCAUUGCUUGAAGCCAAGACGGUCCGUAUUAAUGUAGAUGGAAUUCUCAGGUACGCCACACCAUUGCUGCGCCAUGCAAACAUGCCACCUUUGCACUCACCAAAGGAGUCAGUUAUGCCCAUGUUACGUAGUACUGAGAGGCGACUCUUAAAGGACCCCAAGCUAGCGGAUGCAUACAAGAUGGAAAUGCAGAAGCUCAUUGAAGCAGGUGCUGUGAGGGAAGUCACUGAGGAGACCUCUACCAAAGAAGGAUGGUACAUCUCACAUCAUCUCGUCAGCCAUAACGGAAAGAACCGCCUCGUGUUUAACUGCUCUCACCAGUACCUUGGGCAGACCCUGAACCAGUACCUGCUACCUGGCCCUACACUUGGGGCCCCCUUGCUGGGAGUCUUAGUGAGAUUUCGUGAACAUCCCAUAGCGGUUAGUGGAGACAUCAAGGGGAUGUUUCAUCAAGUCCGCCUCAUCACUGAAGAUCGCCCUCUUCUAAGGUUCCUGUGGCGGGACCUGAAGGUGGAAGAGCCCCCAAGAACAUUUGAGUGGCAAGUUUUGCCUUUCGGCACAACCUGCAGCCCGUGCUGUGCGACAUACGCCCUGCAGCGCCAUGUUGUUGACCACUGCCAGCCAGACGAUGACUUGAGAUUCUCGGUUGAGAACUGCUUUUACGUCGAUAACUGCCUGCAGAGCAUGUGUACGCCGGGUGAAGCUAAACUGCUGGUGGAUCGGCUCAGGGAUCUUCUGGCUUCUGCAGGCUUUGAGUUGCGUCAAUGGGCUUGCAAUGAUCCAAGCGUCCUGAGCCACUUGCCUCGAGAGGCCAGAUCCGAAAGCCUGGACCUGUGGCUGGCGCAGGAUAAGUCAAACCCUCUGGAGUCAACACUCGGUCUCAGCUGGAAUUGGGCAACCGACUCUUUGAGCUACAAACAUAGACCUGUGGCCUACGAGGUACCAACCCUGAGGAACAUUUACAGAGUUCUAGCUACUCAAUAUGAUCCCUUGGGUUACAUGUUACCUUUCUCCACCCGAGCAAAGCUCAUCAUCAGGCAGUUGUGGGAUAAGAAGCGAGGUUGGGAUGACCCUAACUUACCGGCCGAACUCCUGCAAGCCUGGUCCAGCUGGGAGGCUGAACUUGAGUCCUUACCUCUCCUUACCUUUCCGCGUGCAUAUGUUCCUGCGGACGCCAACCUUGAGGGUGCCACCCGUGAGGUGCACAUCUUCGCAGAUGCCUCAGAGCAAGCUUAUGGGGCCGUAGCCUACAUGAGAACUGAGGACAAGGAAGGCCAGAUCCACCUGUCUUUCAUCCUUGCUCGUUCACGAGUGGCUCCAAGACGUCUGCAUUCCAUCCCACGCCUGGAGCUUUGUGGAGCUCUGGUUGCAGCGCAGCUGGCUCGUGUCCUUGAGAGGGAACUUACCUUGACAGUGGCUCGAACGGUGCUGUGGUCAGACUCCACUACAGUACUAACCUGGCUACACUCCCAGUCUUGCCGCUACAAGGUCUUCGUGGGCGCCAGAAUAGCGGAGAUACAGGAGUUAACAGAGAAGUGCACUUGGCGCUACGUGGACUCGGCGAACAAUCCUGCUGAUGAUCUGACGAGAGGGAAGACCCUGGCGGCCCUAAUAGAUCCCAACCGAUGGUCUCAAGGACCCCCCUUCCUUCUCCAGAACCCAGCCACCUGGCCAGAAAGACCCAGCACUGAGCCAUCAGAGGACAGGGCAGAACUACGAAAGGCCACCUUCUGUGGAGUAACGAUUACCUCACCAAUGACGAUCAGCAGGGAUGACAAGGUGUACCAAACCUGGCAAGAGCUCUUAGAUGCCACUGCUCAAGAAAUCCUAGGACAAACCUCUUCUAGUUCACCGCUUAAUGCUGAAGAGUACCAACAGGCAGAGAUGAUUGUUCUCCAGCGAGCCCAACAACAGUCCUUUCCAGAGGACUACAAACUCCUUGCAGCAGGGAAACCCGUCUCAUCUGGGAGUCGAUUACUUACCUUGGCUCCGGAGCUAGAUAAAUCCACGGACCUCAUAAGAGUAGGAGGUCGGCUCCGACGUUUGGAAGGCCAAGACGACUUGACAUUGCACCCUGUGGUUCUGGAUGCCUCACACCCAGUUACACGCUUGCUUAUCCAAAGGUACGAUAGCAACCUGCACCAUCCUGGUCCAGAGCGAGUUUUUGCAGAGAUGCGGCGGUCAUUCUGGAUAAUCCAUGGAAGGGAGGCAAUUCGCAGACACCAGCGUUCUUGUGCCGAAUGUCAGCGCUGGAGAGCUCAGCCUUCCAUUCCCAGAAUGGCGGACCUUCCCGUUGCUCGUCUCCGAUUACACAAACCAGCCUUCCACUCCACUGGCGUGGAUUGUUUUGGACCCAUGUUUGUGAAGAUGGGCAGACGCCAGGAGAAACGCUGGGGAAUAAUAUUUAAGUGUUUAACAACCAGGGCGGUACACUUGGAUCUCCUCAGAAGUAUGGAUGCGGAUGCUUACUUGAUGGCCCUAAGACGGUUCAUCGCGAGAAGAGGGACACCUGCAGAGUUGUUCUCAGACCAGGGGACCAACUUCAGAGGAGGAGAACGGGAACUUAGAGAGGCUUUUGCCAGUAUGGAGCCAACCUUGCGGAAACGACUCGCACGUCAGAGGAUUAAGUUCCAGUUUAACCCCCCAGCAGCUCCACACUUUGGAGGGGUGUGGGAGAGAGAGGUCCGCUCCGUCAAGUCUGCACUUUACACCUGUGUGGGGGCCCAACCUGUUCAUGAAGACGUCCUUCUCACAGUUCUCCUGGAAGUUGAGGCAAUUCUCAACUCUAAACCAUUGGGUUAUGUAUCUGCUGACAUUGCGGAUAUCGACCCUGUGACACCCAAUAGUCUGCUUAUGGGGCGGCCUGAUGGAUCCCUCCCCCAAGUAGUUUAUCCUGAGACGGAGCUCCUGAGCCGCAGACGCUGGCGGCAUUCACAAGUUCUCGCUGACCAAUUCUGGUCCAGAUUCAUCAGAGAAUAUCUCCCUGGGCUGCAGACCAGACAGAAAUGGCACUCUUCUUCUCCUGAACUACUGGAUAAGGCCGUUGUCAUGCUGGUGGACCCGCAGCUGCCUCGAGCCCUGUGGCCCAUUGGGCAUGUAACCAAGAUUCACCGCAGUGAUGAUGGGUGCAUUAGAUCCGCUGAUGUGGACAUCAAAGGACAUGUGUACACCCGACCGGUAGCUCGGUUGGUGAUGUUGCCAGCUCUCCCGUCUGGGGAGGAUGAUGCCGCUGUGAGCCCCCCUCAGCCUGACUGAUAAGCCUUUUAAUGGAAGCAAAUGUGCUCGCACAUUUGGGGGCGGCUGUAUAAAAGGCUCUGACAUUUCUGGGUGCCUGCCGCUUUAAGACUCUUCUUCUGUGGCUACGGUGGAGGAAGUGUGUAGUGUGUGUUGACUAUGGUGGGAACAGAAAUAAGUUCAAGUUUAACAGUUAUAGUUUAGCCCACGUACAUGUGUUGAUUAGCCUCUUUAGUUCAUCCUGAAUAAUCCAGCUUCCAAUAUUCCAUGUGUUGAGUGAAUGAAGAAAAGUAAGUGACUGUCAUUUGUUGUGUUAUGUUUCUAUAUCGUAGAUUUACCGGGCAUUAACAUGUGCCUAGCGUGAUGAGUGAGAUUUAUAGUGAUAGAACAAUGUUCAUGCUGUAAAACGCUGUAGGAAACAAGUUAACUAAUGUGAGCAUUCUGAUGUCUAAGUUACAUAGUAACGUUUAUAACAUUGAGUUAAAGAGAGUUAAUAUUGUGCUCAGGAGACCAUGUGCGAACGCUAUUGUGUAGUAGCCUUGUCUGGCCUGAGGAUGUCGCCAUUGCUCCUUCUGUAGACCCCCUUUUUAAUACAGUCUCAUGCAAAAUGGUUAGUGAGAUGGGUGAAGCUCUUUAUAUUUGUGCCAGGAGUAAUAUUCUCAUUUAUGUAAUUGUAGAUUAUAUUUAAAGGGGCAUAGCAAUGUUUAUUGAGAUUUAUGUUUGAUUAUCCUGAUUUGUAUUGUGAGUGUGGAUUUAUUAUUCACGUUGUAUAAUAAUUAAGUACUGAAACUGUUUAAAAUGACAGUACCUAAUUGUGAUUUAUUUUGUUUUUUAUCAGACUAUAAUGACAAUACUGGAUAUUGGAAUGUUCUGAUGAGUACUGCUGGAUCUUAAUACAGUUUAAAGAAGAAAUUACAUCUCGUCUUUAUUCCUGUGUCC